GGCGGGUUCACGCGUGCUGCUCCGCGGCACAAGUGUGACUCGUCCGCCGCUGUUCCUCGGAGCUCGGAGGGCCGCGCUGAUGGAGCGGGAGUGCGCGCGGCUGCUGCCCGGAGUCCUGCAGGUGCUGGCCGAGUCCGGCAGCGCCCUGCCCGAUGACAGCAGCCUGGAGAAGCUCCUGGACUGGCUCUCCGGACUCAGCCAGGCCGGUGCGCCGCUGCUGCAGGCGUGUCCGGCUCUCCUCCAGUUCGCCUCCUCGGUCACGGCCGGGGCCACGGCGGCGCCCGGCGUCCAGGCCUUCGCCCUCCAGCUGGCCGGGCUGCUGGCGCGGACGGAGGAGGGUUUCCAGCUGCUGCAGGAGAGCUCCGCGCUGGCGGCCUUCAGUCCGCGGCGCUGGCGGGAGGACGGGCGCUGGGAGGAGGCCAGCAUCCGGGCGGCCUGGGUCCUGGCUCUGAAGAGGAUGCUGCAGCACCAGCGGGCCCUGAGCUUCUUCCUGGAGUCAGACCUGCUCCCUCCUCUGCUCCACCUUCUGACCGACUCCAGUCUGUUCGUGUCGGCCGCCGCCGCCGGGACCGUGGCCCACCUCCUGCUGACCUUCCAGGGGCCCCCAGGCCCCGAGGCUCAGUACCAGGCGGUUGCCACGGCGACGCUGGAGCACCUGAAGGGUUCGCUGGAGGAGCCCCAGUCCAGGCUGCAGGCCCUGAAGCUGCUGAGCCAGCUGCUGGAGCGGGCCGGGCCCGGGCUGCGGGAGCGGCUGCUGCGGACGCUGGCCGGCUCCCUGGACACCCUGCUGUCUGCAGGUGACGGCCGGGUCCCGCUGGCUGUGAUGGAGGCCGCUCUGGCUGCUCAGAGCUCCGGCUCAGCAGGGGUCGCUAGCCUCCUGUCCUGCGCCCUGAGCGUCCAGGAACCCGUCGACCUGGUUCAUGUUGCGGCGGCUUUUCUCGCCAGGGGGCGCCGAGAGCCGGUCCACACCUCCCGGGCAGUGAGAGUCCUGCUGCAGCCUCUGGAGCUGCUGACGGGGCGCACUCUGCUGGACCCUACCGGCGACCUGUGUGCGCGGAUGUGGCCGUGUCUCAAGGCCAGAGCCUCCUGCGUGGCAGUGAUGUGCGUGUGCGUGAGGAGCCUUCCUCAGCUCCUGUCCCAGCCCUCUGACGUGCUGCCGUGCCGCCCCGCCGCCGUCCUGCUGGCGCUCGUGGCUCUGUUGAGAAUCUGCCUGGGAGACUCCGCCUCCUGCGACAGGGAUGUUUUUCGGCAGCUGGUGGGCAGCGCCAGGGUCCAGAGGUGCGGCCUGGAGGUGCUGACCCACGUCCGCGACUCCCCGGGAGCGGAGGAGGCGCUGGGCCCGGUCCGGACGCUCUUGGUGCGGUGCCUGGAUCAUCCCGACUCUGACGCCACGGUUCUGGACAAGUCCUUCAAGUGUCUGGUGGAGUGGACGGCCAGCCACGAGUCUCUGCCCGACUCACUCCGACCAGAGCUGAGCCGCGUGCUGCGCCGCCGCCUGUGCGACCAACGCUGGGAGGUCCGCGACUCGGCCGUGGAGUUCCUGGGCCUCAGAGGAUGCCUGCUUGACGUUAGCGUCCACACCGUCCUGCAGGAGGCGCUGCAGGAUCCGGAGAGCUACGUGAGGGCCAGCGCCGCAGCGGCUCUGGCGCUGCAGCAGGGGGCGCUGUCGGCCCCCCAGCAGGCCGGGCUGGCGAUCCGGUUGCUGCAGGUCCUGUGCGAGGACUCGGAGGCCUUCCCGAGGCGGGCGGUGCUGCGGUUCUUCAUCGCCGGGCUCUCCUCGGCUCCCUCGCUCUCCUCCCCUCUGCUGGCUUCCGUCCCGAGAGUCCUGACGGUGGCCAGCGCCGACUUGGACUGGGAGGUGAAGCUGCACGCUCUGGAGCUGGUCGAGCUGCUGCUGGAGCGGGCCCUGUCUGGGCCGGACCUGCGGGAGGCGCUGGAGAGCCUGACGCGGCAGCGGGUCUGGCCGGUGCUGCUGGCCGGGCUGCUGGACUGGGACCGGCCCGUCGCGCUCAGGGCCUGCGGCCUGCUGCUGCGUCUCAGAGAGCGGCUGCUCCCCCUGCUGGCGGCCGGCGCCCUCGCCGCGGCGCCCACCUGCGAGCUGCCGGGGCGGGGCUGGGGGAGGGAGGUCCGGGACCUGAUGGGGGUCAGGGGUCAGGAGGAGAGCGUGUGCGUGAGCGUGUGUGACGCGCUGGCCGUGCUGGGUCUGGAGCAGAGGCUGAGCCUGCUGAGCUGCAGCAGCGACCACGUGCACAACUCCCCGCUGUCGCUGCUGCAGGACAUCCUGACCUCUGACCCGGGUCAGCCAGGCCCUGCCCAGGACCCGCUCAUCGUGGACUGCUACUGAGGCUCCUGCGUUGCUUUUCUACUGAGCUAAAAA